AUGCAUCGACUCGUCAUAUUUGGCACCUGGCUUGUGUUGGCUUUCUCGUGGCUGCUAUUUGCCUUGUUUUACUUGGACAACCCUCAUCAACAUGGAGGCCAUCGUCUCCCCACGUACCAGAUAUGCGUAUCCCACUGUGAAGCGGGCUGUGCAGAGCGUGCAGAAGAAGAGCUGCUGGUCGAAUUGUUUGACUGGACAUGCAGCGAGGAGUGUGCUCACUGGUGCGAGGUUUCGGACAGCGAAACUCGUGCCAGUCGUCGAGAGCCGCAGGUGAAAUACAGUCGAGGGCGCUGGGCAUUCUACCGUUUUUGCUACAUGGAAGAGUUCCUCUCCGUGCUGUUUUCUCUGCUGAAUGGCUUGCCGUAUGUCUACUAUGUCGCUGGAGGCAUGCAUUCUGAGCAUUGGCUGGGAUCAGUCUUGAAGGUGAGUGCAGCCUUCCACUGCAUCACCUGGAUGCUGUCCGCUCUGUUUCAUGCACGUCCUACAGUCUUUUUUGAACACCUGGAUUACUCUGGAGUGAUCCUUACUUGCCUAGUGGAGCUUUUCACGGUGUUGUUGAGAGUUGCAGAUUGCAGAGAUGGUAGGGCUUGCAACAUGGCCCUUUCAGGCGGUGCACUCCUCUUUGGUGCCUAUUCUGUAGGUAUGCCUAUUCUGAACUUUCCAUGGCGUGUUCAGCAACUCAUUUCACAGGGUGUGCUUGGCGUCACUGCCGCCCUGUGGAUUUGGUAUGGUGUCCGGGAACGGCACAACCCUCUGACUCAACACAUUGCGAUGCCGUGGGCAUUCUUGCUCGUUUUCUGUGUGCUGGAGCUUGUCGAUCUUCCUCCUUUCGAUAUGCCUGGCCCUCUCUAUGGUUGGGUCGAUUCUCAUUGCCUGUGGCACCUGGUGACGAUUCCGAUAAAUGCCUGGAUUGUUUAUGGAUGGAUCCUGGAGGGCGAUGCUGCGCGAAACGGCAAGAAAGGUUCUGAACGACAGUGCCUGCACUGGCGGAAUGCCGAGCAGCGUGCUAUCAUUUGGACAGGUAUCUUUCUCAUUGUCUUCAGCGUGGCAGUAGUUCCAACGUGGUUGCAGAGUGGUCAACUUUGCUCCCAGCACACUCGCUGCAGACGAGAACUGCGCCCAUCGUGGCUUGGAAGCAUGGAUCUCUCAGAUCCUCAGUGGAGAGCCUUUCGUGAGAAGUUGCCCCUCCUGGUGGCCGUGGCAGUCAGCACGACUCUUUUGCGCAGAGCCUGUCCACGUCUGAAGCCUGUGGCAGCUUUCCUGUACUGCUUGGUGCUGCACGGCCUCGGAGGUGCCGCGAUUUUCCUUGGGAGCUUCCUCCUUGUGUUCUACCUCCGUAGGUUUCGCACCGCUGCCAUGGGCGCCGGCUGGUCGCUGGCACUGUGCCUCCUGUAUGUGAAGGACGUCAGAUGGGCAGAGAUUUCGACUCCUGGCUUAGCUGGCCUUCACGACUGGCGCCUCGUGGCCAAAUAUGCAGCCCUGCGGCUCAUAAGCGUUGCUGCAGAAGCUAAACCUCAACACACUCUCUGGCAAGUGUUUGACUUUUUCUUUCACCCUGCGCUCUGGCUGGCCGGACCAAUCAUGAGCUUGGACGAUUUUGUGACGUCAAGCCCUCCCAGCUUCAAGCUUUGUGUAUUGUAUGGCCUGCGAAUCAUCGGUCUUCUCCUCCUUCAGGAGUUCGUUCUCACAUUGGUGCCCUUCUUUGCCAUACUGCAGACGCGGAUGCUGGAUCCAUUUCGCACCCGCUCCUUCGCAAGCCUGCUCUAUGCAGCGAUUAAUGGUCUCUGGCUGAAAUUCGCAGUGAUGUGGCGCUUCUUUCGACUGUGGGCAUUGUUCGAUGGCAUACAGGCUCCGGAGAACAUACCUCGUUGUAUCAACACGCAUCGCACAUUGGCUGGAUUUUGGCAAGGGUGGCACUGUUCUUUCAACCGAUGGGUCGUGCAUUAUAUAUACAUUCCCCUUGGUGGUAGGAAGAACCGGUUCUUCAGCGUGUUGGGUGGUGUUCCUCUUCUCUGCCUGUUGGCAUGA